AUGGACGAAAGCCCUUUACCUACCCCAGUAGUUGGUGAACUACCACGGUUGAUAGACUAUCCAGCAACUCAAAAGGAUGAAGACGUACACGGCUCCAAAGAAACAGGUGAUAAAUGGGGGCAUUUAUCUUACCAGCACAUAGUGCAAAAUCACCAAAGGUCUGUCGAGCAACACUUGCGGCCUUUUGUUACGUAUGUGAGAGACUCAGGCUCAAGUAGAGUGUUAGGUGAGUUCACGCUUGUCAGGCGCAUCGGCAGUGGCCAGUAUGGUGAUGUUUUCAUGGCAAGAUCCUCUACAGGGGAUUAUGUUGCGGUCAAGUGCAUCCCAAAGCGUCCUAGAAACUCUCACCAAUACUCGAUGAACCAGGUUCUACGCCAAAUACGCCGUAAUAAGUUUCUGGGUAGGACCUUGAUGACCAGCGAUGAGGCAAUUGUUGAAAUGAAUAUGCAUAGAAUCAGGUGGGAAGUGUUCGUGACCAGCCGCUUUCAGCACGCAAAUAUUUUGGGAAUUAACUCCUGCAUCGAUUCGCCGCUAAGCCAGCAGAUCUGGAUUGUUUCGCCCUUAGCAAGUUUGGGAGAACUACAAUGGAAAAGAUCGUACAAAAGUGAAUCACUGGGACAGUGGAAUCAGGUCCUCCGGCAUAAGACCGAUGCCAAUGAGUUUGCCGAAUUUGUUUUAAGGAGUUUGGCAUCUGGGCUACAAUAUCUAGCGGACCAGGGCUGCGUACAUCGGGAUAUCAAGCCCUCAAAUAUUUUAGUGAAUGAAAGAUACUCUAGGGUCAUGCUAUCGGACUUUGGAAGCUCUUUGCUAAUACCAGAGAAGCUUCCGUUUUAUGAUACAAAGUUGCCUUCGGCCUACAGGGAGGAAAUAAACAAGAUUGCGGGUACUCCGGCUUUCACGGCGCCUGAGUUGUGUAACUUUGAAAAGGAUGAUCAAGUAACCAAUGGCUUUCAAUUAGAUAUUUGGUCCUUGGGCAUUACCAUUUACUGUCUUUUAGAGAAUAAGUUACCAUUUCGCGGAGAUAACGAAUUUGACACCUUCCAUAAAAUUGCGGCUAACAAUAUAUCCCCAACCGGCCAUUGGAUCCAUGACUUGGUAGUUUCGGAACUUUUGAACAAGGAACCUGGGGAAAGAAUCACUGUACAAGCGUUAAUGAAGCUAUUGAAUCAACCCAAAAAAGAGAAAGGAAUGAAGCGAUUUGUCUCCAAACUGCGAAGAUUGAGUUUUAAAGGCACAAACAAGACGAAGCCCAAUGAAGAAAAAUUAAGCACACCUUUUACUGCUUCGCCUGAGGAGCGAUUUGUAGAUCAAAAGUCCAACUUGUCGUUUUCCGGAUCUUCCUCAAACGAUGAGCCAGUACGAGUUAUAGACUUUACAGAUACCGAGAGGCUUUCUUGUCGGCUUGAAAGUACGGGCUCUCUAGUGGAAGUGUCUGGAAGCUUGGAUGAUUCACCAGAAGACUGCAAGAAUAAAAAUUUAGAUGCGCCUCUUGAAUUCCCAUCUGGUAUGGAUGCACGCAGUAAACACUCCUCUCCGGUUAAAGUUGAUACAGCGAUCAAAAUUCAAGAGACACCUGAACAGUUGCAAUAUACCGUAACUGAGGAUCAUCAGCUUCCAGACAGUCAACGUAACACCAAAUUGAUGCCUUCCAGCGGGACCUUAGAUUUUUCAAAAUACUUGGAGUCCGCAUCACAGAAAGACCUAAGUGCCUGUAAUAUCCGCGUUUCUGCGCAAACGUCAAACACAAUGGAUGAUAUUAGGCGAUAUAUGAACUAUGCCGAUGGGAUUUAA